AUGAAGGCAAACAAUAAAAUGAGUGAUUUCAAGGAAGAUCUCGAACACUCGUGCAAGUUGCAGAAACUCACAAAAUGCGAUGCUUGUGAAUUCGAUCCGGCCAAAUACGCAAUCGGUAUUGAUGUUCUCGUUGCUGCUGUCAUCGCUUGCUUUUGCGUAUUCUGCUUUGGGUGUAAAUUCGGUAUGAGUUGGUUGGGUACAAUUAUAAACAUUAACGCUGGCAACCUCCAUCUUCUCAAGCAGCGAAGCACAUCUACUCAAUUUCAUCCCUUAUCAAACAACAUCAACUCGCCUCGAAGCAGAUCCACAAAAUGUUUUCAUAAAAUUGACAACAUCAAAAGCAAUGUCAUUCUCAAACAAAAAAACAACAUCACAGCCAACCAGACACAACGCCAUUGA